ACACCUCACUGACUAAACACUGUGAUGCCCUGUAGCCCGAGAGCAAUCGUGUCACACAGACAACCCGUUUGGUUGAAGACGGCUGGAAUAUGUCAGAUUACUGGUUUAUAGGUCUGGCGCUGUUAUCUUUGGCCUUGUUGAUCUCUCUGUGUCUCAAUGUCAUCUUAUGCAUCAGACGAAAAAAGACUUUGUGCAGAGACAAAGAUGAGUGCUGCUUCACACACACUUACACGGGAGAAAGCCUGUCACAGGAUGAAGGGCAUUAUUUUCACAACCUCAAUCAUGAUGAGCAGCAGGAAAAUCCCCGAGAUCAUCAUGAGCAACAGGAAAAUCCAAUCUACGGCAACAUCAGCUCAGACAGAAGAGAUUCUGUAGAGGGUUGCUACGAGAUGAUGAACAUGACCAUGCAACACACAAAAGAUCGUACGAAGUGUUUAGAGUCUGACCUGAAUUAUGCCUCGUUGGAUCUAAAGAUGGCAAAGAAACGCAUGAAGAAGAAUCGUCAUCAGCAAGGCCACGCUCAGGCACAAAACACACUUCAAGAAGAGCUGCCGGGCUACCUCACAACCCCUGCAAAUGCUUUCUUGGAAGUGGAAGCAGACAUGGAUGCUCACCUUCCAUCCAGAGACACCAGCACCAUGGUUUCACACAGCAGCAUCUACCUGAACAGUCAACAGAUAGCCCAGGAGGCAGAUGAGAUGGAGAGGGAGAAUGCGGGUUGGGAGGGAAUAAGAAAGAGGGAGGAUGGGCGAAGUGGAGAUUGGAAAAGAGACAGUGAGGAAAGAGAAGAUAGAAAACAUAGCAGUAAUGGGAGUGUGUGCACACAGCUUUCAGAAAUAGAGGCGAUUCAGAGUGGCACGGAUCAUUUCAUCAGCAGCUUUAGCCACGAUAGUGGACAACAAGACUAGUAGGCAGACAUCAUUUUAAAGCAUAGCUUGGGUAUUUUUCAACCUGGACCCUAUUUUUCCACGUCUGUGUCUAAGGGACUAAUGGGAAUGGUAAUUUUAGAAAUUGGUUCAGUAUUGAGUAACACCGCUGCACCCGGCAGCCGUGAAUCAGGCUGCAAUGUAACCACGCGUGGCAUACGCUAAUCCAUCAAUCUGUGUUCAUUGUAAGUGCUUGUUUUUGCCACUGACAGGCUCAGAUUGUUACUCUUAGUGUCUGACAACAGACAGGUAUCCCUACAUUGCUAGACUUAUGUGUUAAAGAGUAAGAAUCUUUUUGUGUAACCAGAAACAGCCCCGAAAUCUUUACCGCCAAAACCACCAGACUCCAUUUAAAUAGACAGUAAUUUUAUCAUUGUACAACAUACUUCAAUCAAAUUCAAAAUAAACAAAUAAAUACAUAAAAUUCACAAUAACCAUCCUGGUUUGUCUUUCUACUGUUUCAACAAUACCCAGCUCUGGGCAUGUUGAAAUAAACCCUUAAUCCACCCGGUUAGAUGUGAAAAUAUGCUGGCUCUACACAUGUAAAAAGAAUUGCUGUUUAUUCAAAUGGAGUCUGGUGGCUUGGGCGAUAGUGAUUUCUCAACUGUUUUGGUUAAACAAAAGAUAUCCAUCUUUUUAACAAAAGGUCUGUCUCUGUAGGGAUCUUUUCCAUCAUGUUGUCACUCAGAAAAAUAAUCUCAGCAUGUCAGUGGCAAAAACAAGCACUUUUAGCAGAUGUAUAUUUAGGUGCAUGUGCCCCAGGCUGAAAAAUACAAACGUUGCCCUGUAAGACUCUUGUUUAAAACUAUUCAGAACUGAAUAAGCAUCUGAAAAAGCAAAUAAAAACUAUUGUACAUUACUGUGUCUGCAAGAAUGAAAACUAUCUUCAUUGAGCAAUGCGCUUCGUGCUGUUGAGCAAUUUCCUCUUUGAUGCGAACAAACUACCUCUUGAAGUCUCCACAUUGAGCAACCGAGGAACAAAAGGUGUAUCUGUCUGUGCAGAGGAUGUAAUAAACAUUGAGGACAUGAAGACAAAAGGAAACUCUGUGUGUGACAUUUAGAGGUCAAAGGCCAUGUGGAAAUUUU